CGAAAUUGAAGUCCUGAAUCCAUUAGUGGCAUCACUACGAUGGACUCCUCAGAGCGGGUACAGGCAGCUGCUAGAUUCUUGCUUCAGUCACCGCCUGGAGAGAUCAACGACGUUCUCAACGACGUACGGAACAUCAUCUCGGACGAUGACUCUCUGCAAGAGGGUGUCCUGCCGGCACUGCAGGAGUAUAAUUUAGCGCAGUUCAUCAUCGCCGAUGUUCCGGGAAGCGAGCACCAGUCUAUCAUCAGCGAGGCUGCGAAGAUAGAGGGGCAGGAGGGAGGGGAGGAUAGGUUCCUUGACCCCAGAUCGAAGAUAAGCUUCAGGUUUGACCAUCUAAGCCUGGAGGCUUCUGAUGCGCAACCAGUAGAGCCAGACUCGGAAGCAGAGCCAUUCAGGGCUGCCCUGGAGUCCUCCACUCUGUCAUAUCUCAACUCGCACUUUAACGAAGGCGUCGCAUCCGUGUUCGCGACCCCGGGCUCAUCUAGCAAAUUCACGAUUCAGAUAGUCGCGAACAAGUACAACCCGACUAACUUCUGGUCAGGGAGAUGGCGAUCCGAAUACGUAGUUGAUCUGGCCCAGAAGGUCAUAUCGGGCAGAAUUCUCGUGAACGUACAUUACUAUGAGCAGGGGAACGUCCAGCUCGAGACAAAGCAAAACCUCACCAUACCCCUCCCGCCAGCCAUUACGCCUAGCAAUCCUUCGACGUCUGCGUCUAAAUUGCUCGCACUUAUCGAGGAAGAAGAGGGGAAGUACCAGACACAUCUGAGCGACUCUUACCAGGAGAUGAGCGACAAGACAUUCAAGUCAUUGAGGCGUGCCCUGCCCUUGACAAGACAGAAAAUCGAGUGGGACAGGGUGCUUGGGUACAAGCUCGGUGCUGAGCUUUCCGGAAGCAAAGGGGUUUUUGCAGAAUCAUGAAUGUAACAUAUACACGGACUAGUAUUCACCGUCAUACGAAGUGUGAUUCUCAGUGGUGGAUUUCACCAAUUACAAUACCUGAGCUCGACGUAUUUCGAUCCCAUACA